GUGCAUUCAUGAAAUUGGGAGAAAAUCAGGACGAUGAGGAAAUACAAAACAGAUAAGGUAUUUAUGGAACCCAUAUGCCCCGAAAAGGUCUGGUUCCUUUGUGACAGCAACCAAAGAGAACGGGAGAAGGGCAGGGACAUGUCUUCUUCUUCUUCCCCUGCUUCUGUUGCUGCUGAUGCUGAUAGAGUUUUCGAACGGGGGAAGCAUGGAGUAGCAGUUCUAGACAUCAAGCCAGGCUCCAUUUCUACCCAUUCUCCAUUACCACAUAAACCUCUAUUGGUUUUUCACCCAAGAGAGGAAGGGGAGUACCCAGUUCUCCUUUUCCUUCAUGGCUACCUUCUCUAUAACUCCUUCUACUCCCAACUCCUCUCCCAUAUCGCCUCCCACGCCUUCAUCAUCGUCGCCCCUCAGCUAUACACGUUUGCUCUAGCUGAUUGCAUGCAAGAGAUCAAGAAUGCAGCCAUGGUAGCAGACUGGAUCCCAGCUGGCCUACAAAGUUAUCUUCCGACUUAUGUGCGGCCGGAUCUGAACAGGAUUGGUCUUGCAGGGCAUAGCCGGGGAGGCAAGGUUGCCUUUGCACUUGUACUGGGCCUAGGCGCGGUCAAGACCUCGCUGAGGUUCUCUGCGCUGCUGGGUGUGGACCCAGUUGAUGGAAAGUCCGAAGGAGAGCAGACAAACCCGCCAGUACUAAAACACGAGCCCCAGUCUUUAUCCCCCAAGAUGCCGAUCUUGGUCGUCGGCUCCGGCCUCGGCAGCCGGAGCCGGUACCCAGGCCUCCCUUCCUGUGCGCCUCAUGGGGUUAAUCAUGCAAGUUUCUAUAAAGAGUGUGUACCUCCUUUUUGUUACACAGUAGCCACUAACUAUGGUCAUGCAGACAUGUUAGAUGAUCAUACUCCAGGUCUUAGGGGUAUGGCGUCCUAUUGUUUGUGCGUAAAUGGGGACAGAAGAGAGCCCAUGAGGAAAUUUGUAGGAGGAAUUAUGGUGGCAUUUCUAAAGGCUUAUCUGUUAAAUGAUGAUGAACUUUUGGAGAAGAUAACUGAGAAGCCUCAUAACAAACCGGUGGACUUCACUAUUGAGCUUAAGAAAAGCGUAGCGGAAUUGGUGGCUUAGUCUAUCAUAUCUAGAAGACAGCAAUCUUACUGGGUAGAUUGUUUUAAAUGCAAAAGUUUAGAAGGUAAAUGAUGUACCAAUGGUAAUUUUCCUUCACUCUUGUUAAUAUCAACCUUUCCAGUCAUACUGUGCUUCAUAUUGUUGCAGGAAACUUUUGGUUGUUAAUACCAUUACUAGUAAAAGUUUUACA